CGCCUCCGGUCUUAACCCCCCGGGAGCGGCGGGCGCGGCAGCGAUGCGCGCGCUCUGGCUGGUGCGUCUCGGGCAGAUGCUGCUGCUCUGGGGCUCGCUGAGCGCCGCGUGCCUGGCGGCCGCCUCCCUCCUGCAAACCCUCCUGAGGAUGCUGGCGGGCUACGUGCGCCAGUGGCUGCGGCUGCGGCCCGUGCCGACCAUCGACGGUGCUUGGCCCUUGGUGGGACACGCGCUGAUGCUGAAACCCGACGCGAGGGAAUUUUUUCAGCAGCUUAUUUUUUACACUGAAGAGUAUCGACAAACGCCACUACUGAAACUCUGGCUUGGGCCAGUGCCUGUGUUAGCACUUUAUAAUGCAGAAAAUGUGGAGACAAUUUUAACUAGUUCAAAGCAAAUUGACAAGUCAUUUAUGUACAAGUUCCUAGAACCAUGGCUUGGCCUAGGACUUCUUACAAGUACGGGAAAAAAAUGGCGCUCCAGGAGGAAAAUGUUAACUCCCACUUUCCACUUUACAAUUCUGGAGGACUUCUUAGAUAUCAUGAAUGAACAAGCCAAUAUACUGGUUAAUAAGCUUGAAAAGCAUGUUAACCAGCGGGCAUUUAACUGCUUUUUCUACAUCACUCUUUGUGCCUUAGAUAUCAUCUGUGAAACAGCGAUGGGCAAGAAUAUUGGUGCUCAGAGGAAUGAUGAUUCCGAGUAUGUUCGUGCAGUUUACAGGAUGAGUGAUAUGAUACAUCGAAGAAUGAAGAUGCCUUGGCUCUGGCCUGACCUCUGGUUCCUUAUGGUUAAAGAUGGGUGGGAACACAAACGGAGCUUAAAAAUUCUCCAUAAUUUUACCAACAAGGUCAUUGUCGAAAGGGCCAAUGCAAUGAAGAGAGAGGAAGAAUAUAGAACUGAGAAUGGGGACCCUAACCCCCCAAAAAGCAAACGAAGGGUUUUCCUUGACUUGCUUUUAAAUGUAACUGAUGAUGAAGGAAACAAGCUAAGUCAUGAAGAUAUUCGAGAAGAAGUGGACACCUUCAUGUUUGAGGGUCAUGACACCACCGCAGCUGCAAUAAACUGGUCCUUAUACCUAUUGGGUUCUUAUCCAGAAGUCCAGAAAAGAGUGGACAAGGAACUGGAGGAAGUGUUUGGGAAAUCGGAUCGUCCCGCUACCUUAGAUGACCUGAAGAAACUUAAGUAUAUGGAAUGUGUUAUGAAGGAGAGUCUUCGCCUUUUCCCUUCUGUGCCUUUAUUUGCUCGUCAUCUCAAUGAAGACUGUGAAGUUGCGGGUUACAAAAUCGUGAAAGGGUCUCAAGCAAUCAUCAUCACCUAUGCACUGCACAGAGAUCCAAGAUAUUUCCCAGAUCCUGAGGAAUUCAAACCAGAAAGGUUCUUUCCUGAGAAUUCCCAAGGACGCCACCCAUAUGCCUACGUGCCCUUCUCUGCUGGACUCCGAAAUUGUAUAGGUCAAAAAUUUGCCAUAAUGGAAGAAAAGAUCAUCCUUUCCUGUAUCCUGAGACGAUUCUGGGUAGAAACUACACAAAAGAGAGAAGAACUUGGUCUGGCAGGAGAGCUUAUACUUCGUCCAACUAAUGGAAUCUGGAUCACGCUGAAGAGGAAAAACACAGAUGAAUCCUAGCUCUGUGAUGGGGCUGUGCCCUUGUCACAAAAACAAAAACAAAAAGGUCUUUCCUUGAAAAAACACUGAAUUUAUAAUGUGUAGAUCAUGAAUUCAAUAAUUCUGAUCCCUAGGCCUUAUCUUAUCCUCACUUAUCUUGAGGUCAAAUCUACCAAAGAGUGACUUUUUAUACUUUCAUCAUCACCACAUAUUACAUUAAUGUUGUAAUUAAUUAAUGUCCAUACCAAUAUAGACAUAUAAAGGUUCCCCAAUAGAAGCAUCCACAGGGAAUUACUAUUUCAGCUGAUGAACUCAAAAGAACUGGAACUGUAGUUCCAGAUUUUUAAAAAAUAUUCUUGUUGGCUUGAGAAUGCAUAUAUGUGACGUGUGUGUGUGUGUGUGUGUGUGUGUGUGUGUGUGGUGUACAUAUUUAAUUUGAAAGUUUCAAUUAAGUAAUUUUAUUGAAGGAGUUUAAUUUUUUAAAUUAGAUCAGUUUCAGGGGCCAGAGCAAUAGUACAGUGGGUAGGGUAUUGGCUUUGCAUAUACGGCAGACCCAGGCUCAAUCCCCAACAUCUGAUAUGGUCUCUAACCAAUGCCAGGAGUAAUUCCUGAGGGAAGAAUCAGGAAUAACCUCUGAGCAUCAUCAAGCGUGACCAAAAAAGCAAAUAAAAAUUAACAAAAUUAGAUCAAUUUCAUCAAUAAUGAGAAUGAUUAUAACACUUUAGAUUUUAUAAUAUAGAGUACAUAUAUUAUUUGUAAGUUUCUUCCAAUACCUUGAUAUUAGAGGCACGAUUGGAAAUAAAAGAGAUCUAGCCUCUCAGCCUCAUUUCCAACUUGACUACACUUUAUACUGCAAUAUGCCACUAUCAUAUGGGUUUCAUGUUCAGAUGUGUCUGUAUGGAUCAUCUGUCUCUGAACUCUGGAAUAUUAUUUCUAGAAUUCUUGGAUCUAUAAAAGAAAAUAGAAGCUAUUUUCCUAUAUUGAUAAAUUCUGUGAUAUCUCAGUUACCUUAGACUUCUGGUAAAUUCUUUUUUUUUUUAAUUUUUUUUUUAUUAGUGAAACACCAUGAGGUACAGUUGUAGAUUUACAAUUUUGACUUCUGGUAAAUUCUAUCUUCUCUAACAUACUUAGCAAACUCACAAUAUAUAUACAUUCCCUACAUUGGAAUUCCAGGGGCAUCCCUACUAAUUUUAUCUAGAUAUGUUUUUGACAAAAUUAUUUCUUCAGUUUCCUCAAGAAAAUAUAAUAUAGAAACAACAAAACUAAGAGUAUGAAUGUAUAUUCUUCAAUAAAAAUCAAAGAAGAGGCUAGAAGACUAGGGACAUUUGUCAAGCACCAUAGUCAGAAGGGAUGUGGCAGGGGAAGGGAGGUGGAGAGAGGAUGGUGGGAGGCAUGAACAACUUUGCCACUGUAUAUUUCAUGGUGAUUCAGUUAAAAAAUAAAAUAAUAAAGUAUAUAUUCCCCACACACACACUCACACACACACACACACACACGAAUGCUCAGGGCCAGCCUUUUCAUCCACUUUAUUAUGCUAAAUAUUCUCAGUGUAGAUGCCAAUUAUCUUAGAAUCUCUAAGGUAAUGAAACAAGUCAAUAAGACACAUGUAGGAUGAUCUUAUUAUAUGUCACAUGUAGAAAAUCUCCCUCUCAAAUGACUUUGGAAAAGUAAAGUUUUAUUUAUAGAAAUCAGUAUUAUUUUUCAAUGUUAAACAUAUUUACCCUUGCUUUUAAUUUUAUUAAUUCUAUGCUUGAUGUGAAAAUUAAAUUAAAACACGUUAAAUGCUUUACUAAGGCAUGAACUCUUCAUUUUUCCCAGAAAAAUUUAUUUAAAUUGGAAAUUCACUUGACUGCAUCAAUGUUGAAAUUGAGAAAUUGUGUUAUGUUCCACAGUAUGGCCCUGUGGAUGCUCAUUUGAUAUAAAUAAGCCGAUGAUCAAAUAUUUGCUUAUAUCCAUACAGCCUGUCCUCCUUCUCCUUGAAUGAGUUAGCUCAAAAAAAAUUACAUUUUAAACACAGAUGCUAUGUUUUAUUUAAAGAAUCUGUCAAGUUGAUGCAAAGCUAAUAUAUAAAAAGCUAAAAUAGUGAGCAUAAAGAUUAUUCACAAUGAAAUGGACAGAAAUGGCACUCAAGUUGAUAUUAUCAGGGUGACUCAGACAUUCUAACAAAAUGCUCCGUGUGUCACUAUUAUAGAUAGACUCAUUUUCAGAUAUCCCCGACUCUGAAAUACUACAACAUUCAGCUCAAAACAAAGUAAAAUCUCUUUGACCUGCCUGGGAAUCAGCUGAAAUCAUAGGCAUCUAUAUCUUCUUACAAAUGCGACUUUAGCCUUCUAUUAAUUCUGACCUCCCUGAAUGUUUGCCUCGUUACCAGCACAGUGGCAGCUGUUCUCCUAAAAUAGGAGAAAUGGACAUGGUGGUGAGGAGGUGGUGAGGAGGGUUAUCUGGGGCAGGGCAGGGAAGCAGGGUCAAGGGAAUUUGCGUACUUGGGUAGCAUAACAGUGGUUGGUAUAGCUAAAAAAAGCUAACCAGAGUCAAUAACACUAAAAGCAUGAAAUCCAAACUUUUUUCUUUUUUGCAUUUUGGGUCACACCCAGCGAUGUACAGG